AUGACUAUUGCGAAUCAUUCAACUGAAUGCUGCUAUUUAAAUGAAGAUGAUAAUGAAAAAGAUCAACGUCGAAAAAAUUUAUUAAACGAUCCAAAUUAUGGAAUAGUUCUUUGUUUUCUGGAUCAAUUUCGAAGUGUACUUAAUUUACCUAAUUAUCCAUUACAAUGUUUUGAAGAUCAUCUUGUCAAUUAUCAAGAACCAAUUUCACCACGUCUUAUUGACUUUCAUUUUACUCUACUCAAACGAUUAUCUUUAGCAAAAAAUGCUCAACAUAACAAAUUCGAUUCAAUUAUUACUAAAUUUGCUUCUCGAUUUGAUAUAAACGAUAGUGAAUAUUUAAAAACAACUGGUUAUUUACACGCAGAUAUAAGUUUAAAAAUUCGAAUUAUAAAAAAUUUACUUGAAAGUCAAUUUGAUUUAAAUCAAAUCUUAAAAAAUUCCUUAAUUGAUAAAUCAGCAUGUGAAAUAAAAUCUUCACCAUUAGGUCGUGAUCGUUUUGGUGUUUCGUAUUGGUUUUUUAUGGAUAAAGAUUGUUUUGUACGAUUAUUUCGUGAAGAUAUUGAUAUUGAUCGAACAUGGACUAAUAUUGCUAAAAAUCGAGAUGAAUUAGAAAAUUUUAUUAAAAUAUUGAUUACGGAUUCGCUUGUACGAAAGAGAUUUCCUGAUUGGAUAAUUGAUUAUGAACAAUAUGCUUGUUUACAACCAUCAAAUGAUUUUGAACAAUAUUAUACUGCCAAUGCAGUUAAUCUUAACGAACAAGAAGAAGAAAUGAACACAAUUUCAAAUGAUGAUGAUGAUGAUAAUUCUAAUGUUUCAAUAAAAACAAAACGUGGACGAUCGAAACCUUCAAAAAAAUUAUCAAACAAUAAAAUUGAUACAGAAAUAAAACAAGCAGUUAAAACAUCAACUCGUCGAAGUAGAAAACGAAGUUUUCCUAUUGAAGAAAAUCAUAAUGAUGAUCAUCAAAUUCCACAAGAAGAAUCAUCCAUAGAUGAUGUUUGCCAUUCAAUACGUCGAUCAUCACGACUUCGAAAAACAUCAACUUCUGUUGUGACUUCUAAAACUAUUUCACAGUUUCCUGAUGCAAAAAAAAAGAAACGUUCAAUAAAUAGUAAAACAAAGAUUUCAAAAACUCGUCGUCGACGUAAGACAACAUCUCGACGAAAAAUAGAAGAUUAUUUUUAUUCAUCAACAUCAAGUUCAGAUGAACAUAUUGAUUAUCUAUCCGAAGAUGAAUAUAAUUCAGAUGAUUAUCUUCCAAAUCAAUCACAAAUAGAUAUGGAUAAUAAUUUUUUUGAACUUGAACAAGAAGAAAAUCAUGAACCAUUAUGUACAACUAAAACAGCACAAACAUCAACCAUUAUAACAUCAUGUUGUAUAUGUUUAAAAAAUGAUCGAUCAAAAAUUUUAUUAUUAUGUAAUGAUUGUAAUGAUGGUUAUCAUUUAGAAUGUUUACAUCCUAUACUUUUAUCUAUACCUAAUAAUGAUUGGUUUUGUCCAUUAUGUGAACAUAAAAAAUUAUCAAAUUGUUUAAUUGAAAAAUUCAAAGAAUUAUUAAUUAAUUUAAAUAAAAAUGAAAUUAAACAAAAAAUACGUCAAUCAAAAAAAUCUUUUCAACGAAAAAUUAAAACGAAAAUAUAUAGUAGUGAUGAAAGUCUAACAGCAUCAGAAGAUGAAUAUGAAGAUUUAGAAAAUUUAAUACAUAAUGAAGAAUCAUUAUUAUUAACAAGUCAAAUAAAUGAUAAUAGUAAUUUAUCAUCAUCUUAUUUUGAUGAUAAUAAAUAUACAAUAAGUCAACGUGGUCGUCAUCGACGUAUUCGUUUUAAUAUGAAACAAUUACUUGACGAUAAUAAUGAUGAUGAAUUUAAUCAAAAUUCAGAUACAAAUGAUGAUGAAUAUAUUGAUCAUAAUGAUUCACAAAUAGAAAAUUUUAAUUUACAAUUACCAAAAAAAAUUACACGUUUACUUCAUCGUCGUGAUCGAUCAUCAAUUAAAAAUCAUCAACAAACAAAAUCAUUAACAACACGUUUAUGUGAAAAUUCAUAUGAUUUAAAUGAUACAAUGGACUUAAGUGAAAAACUUGAGUCACCACUUGUUUAUAUUAAUUCAGAUGAAAAUUCUCAACAACCUAAAUCUUUUAUAACAAAUACGAAACAAACAUUAAGAAUUUUACGUCGAUGGAAUGAUGUUAAACGACGUAGUCGACUUAAAGCUAUGAAUAUGAAAAUUAAUAAUGAAACAACACUAUUAAAUUGUACUGAUGAAAAUUCAUUAUCGUAUCCUGAUGAUAAUUAUAGUAAUAGUGGAAUAAAAGAUGAUAAUAGUUUAAGUAUUCAUUCAAAUAUAAAUUUAGUUCAAUCAACAAAUUCAUUAUCGAUUGAAACAUCUUCAUUAAAAAAUAUUGUUAAAAACGUACAUGUUAAUUUUGAUCGACUUACUCGUGAUAUUCAAUGUGCAGUAAAUGAAGCACAAGUAUGUCCAAUUACAACAACAAUAACUAAAAUCGCGAAUCAACAGCAUGUCAAACGUAUUCCAAAAACAAAUUUUUCGCCAUAUAUAACCAAAACUCCAUUUUGUCCACUUCCAUUGCUUUUAUCUAAAUCAUCUAGUAAUGUUGUUAAUAUUUUCAAGACAAACGAUUCUUCAAAUUCUACUUCUCUCUCGAAUAUUAUUCUCACACCUUCUUCACUAUUAUCAUCGCAUAAUACAACUCUUGAUCAAAUACCACCAAUGAUUAAUACUUAG